AUGUCGCAGUUUACUGCAAGCUGCGAGCAACAUCCGGAGAAGGCAUCUAGUGGGAGGCGGCUUGUGGAUGAUUCAGACGUGAAGAUGUACGAUGAAUCCUUGAAUGACGGUUGGGCGUAUGUGUACAGUCGUUGCAAAGAGCACGACGAUAACUUGGUUGAGGCGUGCUCCACCGACAUCGACAUGGCCCUGAUCUUCGCUGGCCUGUUCUCAGCCGUCCUGACGGCUUUCCUCGUUCAAACUUACACCCAAAUGCAACCCGACAACACGCAACUCACAGCUCAGGCCCUCCUCCACAUCUCCGUCCAGAUCGCCAACCUCCCCGUCUCUGCUCCCAGCUCAAUUCCAUUCAGCGCGCCGCCGUUCCGCGCGUCGCGCUCCAUCGUCGCCAUUAACUGCCUCUGGUUCAUCAGCCUUGCCGCCUCUCUAUCCUCCGUCGUCCGCGGCAUGUUUGCAAAACAAUGGCUACGGGAGUACGCCAAGUGGACGCGUAUCACCCCGAUCCAGCGCGCGGUGCACCUCCGGCAACACCGGCAUGCGGCUUUGAUGGAGUGGGAGGUCCCGGACGUCGUAGUGCGCCUCACCACGACGCUCCAGGUCUCCGUCGUCCUCUUCUUUGUCGGGCUCGCCAUCUUGCUCGGAACGAUCAACACCGCCGUCGCCGUCGUCUCGUCCCUUACCGUCGGCGCGUUCCUGGCCGACUCGGUCGCGUGCGUCGUCGCACCGCUAUUCUUCGAGACGUGCCCGUGGAAAACGCCCAUGGGCUGGUUAUGGGUGAACAUGCAGAACAUACGGCGCGAGGAUAUUUCGGCACGUUCAAGCCGCUCUACCCCUCGUUCGCAGAUCAAGUCCAUCAAACUCCGCACAUUUGAGGGCUGGCGCCAGCUAUUCAAGCUCGCUCUCGCGCCUGCGCGCGCCCCGCCACGACGGCUCGAUCUCUACCGCUACUCCGGCUGGGUGCGGCGAGACAUCGCGCUGCCCUCCAUGGGACAGGACCCGAUCAAUGCCGUCGCAUGGCAAUGCACGUCGCUCCUGUGGAUCGCAGCACACGAAGGGUUGAGCUCCGAUGUCGUUGUACGGUGUAUUGAAGGACUCCCUGGUGCUGAAAUCAGGGCGCCGACCAAUCUCCAGGCGAAAGGUGUCGAGUCAAACUCGGAACUCUUCUCAUGGCCAGAUAGCCCCCCUAAACGGUUGUGUGCGUAUUGGCUCGCCAUUUCGAAGCAUCUGGGGUUUGACACGCAGCGAUUCGUGAAGCCGUUGAACAUGAUUCAAGAUGCUCCCUCAUUCGCGAAGAUACAAACCCUUGUCCAUCAUGCAGACGCGUUCAAUCAGCUUGCAGUCGACUUGCGGCUCACUUCAUGCAAUUCUUCUCAGCUCCAGGCGAUGCUUCAUCUUCUAACGUCCGGACUCGCCUCCGUCCUUGACGGCGAACUUCGUUUUCCCGAUUGUGGUGACAUGUCCCCCUUCACCGACAGGAACUUGUCCUUUGUUGUACCCUCAUCACUUUGCAUGGUACACCUGCUCCUAGGUGAAUUGCGGUGGGGUGGAGAAACCAUGAUAUACGUCGGCCUUCUGAUUAGGGCAGCAGCCUAUGCUUCACGACGGAGCGAUGAUUCACGAACGAACGCAGAAAGUCUGUAUCACCGCCUACUCGAUGAAGUUCAAAUGAACGGUCUUGCUACUUGCUCACCAGAACAUCUGUCAACAUUUGUCGAAAGUCUCUCACAGCUGGGAGACGUGCAAGCAUAUCGCUCUGGCCCUGGUAUACGCUCUACCUUCUGGCGUAUUGUGAACGUUAUCACGUCUAUCAGAUCGUCGAACGGGGAUGGUCCGAGCUGUACGCAUGAUGCGAUACUGAUGAGGACGGUGGAGGAGGCACUGAAUGCCGAAAUCUCGAUUCAAGGCGCGCGGUCAUAUGCUGGUGAGGAUACGACCUUUCCAGAAGGCCUGUGGGCGCGUAUGACCGCGUUCGCGGGACGACAUCGCGACUGCCAGGAGUCAGUGCAGUUCGUGUCGUCCCUUGUGCAAGCCCAUCGCCUGGGGAUCGCGCAAUUCGAGCUGUAUCCGCACUUCCGUCACUACUACCUCGCACAGGACGAACGAGAACGGAUCCAGAACGUGGAGGAGUUGCAAGCAUAUCUCGAGGCCGAAUCAAGGCGAUAUUCACUCGGCGAUGGGCAACUGCUUUCCCCAGAGCCAGGACAAACAACGCAGGACGACUAG